AUACUUCUUAAUGCAUGAGGAAAUGAGAGGGGAAACCCCGAAUCAAAAGUGUUUAGACUUAAAUCUUGUUAAUGAUAUGGAAUUUGGACUGCCAUCAAUUGGGUUAAAUAUUAGCAGCAUUUAUACUGGUAAAUCAUUCAGAGACAAACAAGUCAAAUAUAUUAUCUUUGCUGGAAACUUCGUAAGCGAUAAUCAAAAUGAAACUUACACUGGCAGUCUGUGUUGUGUUGAUUGGAAUGGUUUUGGCAGAUAAUUUAGUGCAGUCAGUAAAGAUGAUGCAUCAGAAUCACAGUAAAAGCUAUGAAAUGAAGAAUUUGGAAAGUGUUUUCAACAAAACAGACAAAAACCACGAUGGACAUAUAACAGUGGAUGAAUUGAUACAACAUAUAGAGGAAACCAGAGGGUUUACCAUUGAUCAGACGAUACAAAUUGUAAACAACACCAUCGGAUUAAGUAUGGACCAGACAAAUAAACAAGACUCCAAGAUGGUGUUUGGAAAUCCCACAUAUGACCUCAAUGAAAAUGGGACUAUUGAAUUAAAUGAAUAUGCUGAAUUUAUGAGAAAGGGAAUGAAAAUGGGAAAAUAGAACGACAAAUUGUAUCAACUUGUGGAACUAUCAUAUACAACUUCAGUUAUAACCAAACUGAUUAUUAUAUUGUCUUUAUAAAGUCUCUAAGGAAUUUCUCCUUAUAUAACUUAAUAAAUAAAAGCUAUCUAUAUCUAA